AUGCGAGGCCAGAGGGCACCCAGCAUAGAUGGACUCACCGUAGAAUUUUAUAAAGCAUACUGGGACAUCCUGGCAGAAGAUCUACUGGGUGUCCUCAGGGAAAGCCUAAGCACUGGCUCACUCCCACUAUCGUGCCGCAGAGCGGUCAUCACUCUCCUGCCCAAAAAAGGGAACCUACAGGAGAUGAAAAACUGGCGCCCGGUAUCCCUGCUCUGCACUGACUAUAAAAUCCUCUCCAAGGUCCUGGCUACCAGAAUGAGAGAGGCUAUGGAGCAGGUCAUCCACCGGGACCAGACAUAUUGCGUCCCCAGCAGGUCCAUGGUGGAUAACAUCUACCUGAUUCGAGACGUUUUGGAAGUCUCCAGUUCAUUAGGCCUGAACACAGCCUUGGUCUCACUUGACCAAGAAAAGGCUUUUGACCGCGUUGAACACAACUUCCUCUGGGAAACCAUGAGGGAGUUCGGGUUCAGCGCUGGUUUUAUAGCCAAGAUCCAGGUGCUGUACAGUGGCGAUGAGAGUGUGCUGAAAAUCAACGUCAGUAGGUACUGUGGAAAGCUGCGAGAUGAGAUGAACCGAGACACCAGCUUCAUCAUGUCUUAUGGUCAGCAAGACGAGACCCGGUUAGAGGAUCUCUACACUGAUACCAUGAUGGAAAUGUUGAAUGACUGCAAUGAAAGUCUUGGUUUUAUAGACUCUCUGAAACAGAUCCUGGGGAAUGAUGGAGUUUUCAAUCCCCAAGGUGAAAUCAUCUAUGUGAUGGGGGACGCUGGGGUGGGAAAAUCCAUUCUUCUGCAGAAGCUACAGAACCUCUGGUCCAAGAAGGAGCUGCCGACAGAUGCCAUCUUUUUUUUCAAGUUUCGCUGCAGAAUGUUCAGCAUCUUUAAAGAUUCGGAGCAGAUAUCCCUCAGGGAUCUUUUGUUCAAAUACAACUGCUACCCAGAUCACGAUCCCAACAAUGAAGUCUUUGAUUACAUCCUGCGCUUUCCUGGGAAGGUUAUUCUUACUUUUGACGGCUACGAUGAGAUUCAGGAGGUUAUAGACCAGAUAAAUGUUCCUGAAAUGGUGUCUCCAGAGGACAGCGCUAACUCCCUCCAGCUGCUCAUCAGCUUGCUCUCUGGGAAACUACUCAAGGGCUCCAAGAAGGUGCUCACAACUCGAACGGGAGUCGAAAUGCAAAGUCGGUUGAUCAAAAAGAAGGUGGUUUUACGUGGCUUUUCUCCAGGUCACCUAAAGACGUACAUAAAUCUGCACUUCAAGGAGCAGGAUCACAGGGAGCUGGUGUCAGUUCAGCUGGAUGCCAGUCCUCACCUCUGUGGCUUGUGUUCCACUCCAUUGUUCUGCUGGAUUGUCUUCAAGAGCUUUAGUCACCUGCACACAAUGCAUGAUAGUUUUCAUCUGCCUGAAACCUGCCUCACACUUACUGACAUCUUUCUCCUACUGUCUGAAGUGUUCCUCAGCCGAUCGGCAUCUCCUGCUCCUUCUCUGCUGAAGAAAAGUACCCGCUGCACCUCAGAAAUUUUCCGAGCUGGGCUCAGGCCUCUUGUGGCAUUUGCUACACUGGCCCUUCAAGGUUUGAAGAGGGGGAGUUUUCUUUGCAACCAGAUGGAAAUCAACGAGUCUGGUCUGACAGAGGAGGACAUGGUCAUGGGUUUUCUCAGACCUGUCAACAACUUUAAUGAGAGUGGCGAUACCACUACUUUUGAAUUCAUCCACACCACCCUUCAGUCCUUUUUGGCAGCGUUUGCUCUUGUAUUGGAUGAGGAUGCUGCUGCCAGUUCCGUCCUCAAGUUUUUUACAGAAUGUAGCAGAAAGAGAAAACAACCUUUUCUACCUUUGGCCUGCUGUGUUAGCAGCUCUGAAAAGACCAGUGAAAAGAAGUCCUUUGCAACAAACGAGCACCUUCAGUUUACAAAUCUGUUCUUGUCAGGAUUGCUGUCCAAAAACCACACAAGUCUGAUGGGACAUCUGGUGCCUCCUGUUUUAUUGAAAAAGAAGCAAGCCUUGUUGAAGUCCUAUCUGUCCACCAGUGUCAAGUCCCACCUGCAGGGCUUGCCCGUCUUUCAAGGUAACGAAGGCAAGAAAGUUCAUGUUCUGCCCAACUUUCUCUGGAUAUUAAGAUGCAUCUAUGAGACAGGAAGCAAAGAGAUUGCUAAGAUGACAGCAAAAGGCAUCACAGCGGGUUUCAUCAAGCUGGGGUACUGCAACGUGCACUCAGGUGACUGCACUGCCCUAAACUUUGUGCUGCAGCACCGACGGACGCUACUGGGGCUUGACAUGGAUAACAACAACAUCAGUGACUAUGGUGUGAAGCAGCUCAGGCCUUCGUUUUGCAUGAUGACAAUUGUAAGAUUGUGUGUCAACAACCUAUCAGACAGCAGCAUGGAGGUACUAGCAGAGGAGCUGUGCAAACACAAGAUUGUGAAAGUUUUGGGGCUUUACAAUAAUAACAUCACAGAUACUGGAGCCAAGCUGGUUGCUCAGAUAAUCGAAGAAUGCCCCAAGCUGGAAGUUGUCAAGAUUGGUAAAAACAAGAUUACAAGUGUUGGUGGAAGGUACUUGGCCAGUGCAAUUCAGAAAAGUACUUCUAUAUUUGAUGUGGGGAUGUGGGGGAACAGCAUUGGUGAUGAGGGAGCAGAAGCAUUUGCUGAAGCUUUGAAGAACCACCCUAGGCUCACCAACCUCAGUCUCUCAGCGAAUGGCAUCACAUCAAAAGGAGGGAAGAUCCUGGCAGAAGCACUGCUUCAGAACAGCGUCCUCAGGAUAUUCUGGUUGGUGCAGAAUGAGUUGGGCGAUGAGGCAGCACCACAUCUGGCCAAGUUGAUCCAAGCAGAUACUGGCCUAAGCCACCUUUGGAUAAUUAGCAACAAGUUCACUGUGGCUGGGAUCCGACAGUUCAUUAAUGCUCUUGAUCAUAACACUAAACUCAAAGAGAUUUGUGUGAAAGGAAACCUGCUCUCUGAAGAGGAACAGCAAGAGUUUCUGCCACAGAAAAGGCUACGGUUCCACUGA